AUGAACAACGCCUACAACAAAGACCUCAUAAAAGUGGCCAAACAUUGCGCUCAGGGAUUGGGAUUAAAGCCCUUUUUGCGGGAAGGCGUGUAUGUGAUGACUGGCGGACCCACUUAUGAGACAAUUGCCGAAAUCAGAUUUCUGGUCAAUUAUGGCGAUGCCAUUGGCAUGAGUACAGCCCAUGAGGUGACGGUCGCCCAUCACUGCGGACUCCGAGUGUUUGGUCUCUCUUUGAUUACCAAUCAAUGCAUUUCCGAUUACGAGAGCAAAUCGGCGGCCAAUCACGAGGAAGUGCUCGAAGCGGCCAAAGGAAGAGCCAAAGACUUGGAGAUAUUCAUUGAGACAUUAGUCGAAAACUUUAAUAAAUACGACCUCUUUCUCCAAAAGAGCGCUAAAAAGUCCGUCAAAUGAACGCAACUAUUAUUUAAUUGUCAUUUUGUGUGGCAUUUGAUAUGAUAUUACUAUUAAUAAACUGAAUUUUAAAAAUCAAAUA